GGUGGCGCAGGGAUCCGGGGCUCGGUGCUGAGGCCGCCUGUCAGUCAGCGCGGCGGCGCCGGGACGCGGCCGGGGCGCAGCCGGCAGAAGGUGGUGAGGGGAGCGCGCGCGGUAACGGAGCUGGAGCGCGGCCGGCAGCGGCGAAGGGAAACGCGGGGGGAAAAAAAAAAAAGCGAAAAAUAUAAAAGCAGCGAACUGCGUUUCUUCCGAACUGCAGGAAAAGGCUAUUUCGCGAGAGGCUCCCUCUCCCCCAGCCGGCUGCGAUGCUGCUGGCCACGGCGCUGCCCUGGACGCUGGUUUUGCUUGGAGCCGCAGCCUCUUUACAAGUGGACAUUGUUCCAAGCCAGGGGGAGAUCAGCGUUGGAGAAUCAAAGUUCUUCUUAUGCCAAGUGGCAGGUGAGGCCAAAUACAAAGACAUUUCCUGGUUUUCUCCAAACGGUGAGAAGCUGACGCCGAACCAACAGCGCAUUUCAGUGGUGCGAAAUGAUGACUUCUCCUCCACCCUCACCAUCUACAACGCCAACAUUGAUGAUGCUGGCAUCUAUAAAUGUGUUGUCAAUAGCGUGGAGGAGGGAGACUCCGAGGCCACCGUCAAUGUGAAAAUUUUCCAAAAGCUGAUGUUCAAGAAUGCUCCCACUCCUCAAGAAUUCAAGGAAGGGGAUGAUGCUGUGAUUGUGUGUGAUGUGGUCAGCUCACUGCCUCCUACCAUCAUCUGGAAGCACAAAGGCAGGGAUGUUAUCCUAAAAAAAGAUGUUCGAUUUAUAGUCCUGUCCAACAACUACCUGCAGAUCCGGGGAAUCAAGAAAACAGAUGAAGGGACAUACCGCUGUGAGGGCCGGAUCUUGGCUCGUGGGGAGAUCAACUUCAAAGAUAUUCAGGUCAUCGUAAAUGUACCUCCUUCUGUGCGCGCCAGGCAAAGCACUAUGAAUGCCACUGCCAACCUCAGCCAGUCUGUUACCUUAACAUGCGAUGCUGAUGGCUUUCCUGAGCCAACCAUGACGUGGACAAAGGAUGGAGAGCCAAUAGAAGAGGCCGAUGAUGAAGAGAAAUACAGUUUUAACUACGAUGGGUCUGAGCUCAUCAUCAAGAAUGUGGAUAAGAGUGAUGAAGCAGAAUACAUCUGCAUCGCUGAGAACAAGGCUGGCGAGCAGGAUGCCACCAUCCAUCUCAAAGUCUUUGCAAAACCCAAAAUCACCUAUGUGGAGAAUAAAACAGCCAUGGAGCUGGAGGAUCAGAUUACACUGACCUGUGAGGCUUCUGGAGACCCAAUCCCUUCCAUCACUUGGAGAACUUCCACCCGGAACAUCAGCAAUGAAGAGAAGGCUUCGUGGACCCGGCCCGAGAAACAAGAGACCCUGGAUGGGCGCAUCAUAGUACGUAGCCAUGCCCGAGUGUCGUCCCUGACUCUCAAAGACAUUCAGUACACAGAUGCUGGAGAAUAUGUAUGCACAGCCAGCAACACCAUCGGGCAGGACUCCCAAGCCAUGUACCUUGAAGUGCAGUAUGCCCCCAAGCUUCAGGGCCCUGUGGCUGUCUAUACCUGGGAAGGGAAUCAAGUGAACAUCACCUGUGAGGUAUUUGCUUACCCUAGUGCUGUCAUCUCCUGGUUCCGGGAUGGACAGCUGCUUCCCAGCUCAAACUACAGCAACAUCAAGAUCUACAACACUCCAUCAGCAAGCUACCUGGAGGUGACACCAGACUCUGAAAAUGACUUUGGGAACUAUAACUGCACUGCUGUGAAUCGCAUUGGCCAGGAGUCCUCAGAGUUCAUUCUUGUGCAGGCAGAUACUCCGUCCUCUCCUUCCAUUGACAGAGUGGAGCCCUACUCCAGCACUGCCCAGGUGGAGUUUGAUGAGCCUGAAGCUACUGGCGGGGUGCCCAUCCUCAAGUACAAAGCAGAAUGGAGGGCACUGGGAGAGGGAGAAUGGAAUUCAAGGUUGUAUGAUGCAAAAGAAGCAAAUGUGGAGGGCAUGAUUACUAUCACUGGCCUGAAACCUGAAACAACCUACUCUGUGAGACUGUCUGCGGUCAAUGGCAAGGGUGUGGGUGAGAUUAGCCUGCCAUCCGACUUCAAGACACAGCCAGUUCGCAUCCUUCAUUCACAAGGGGAACCCAGUGCACCCAAGCUGGAAGGUCACAUGGGAGAAGAUGGAAACUCCAUUAAAGUGAAUGUUAUCAAGCAGGAUGAUGGUGGCUCCCCAAUUCGACAUUAUCUGAUCAAAUACAAAGCUAAGCAUUCGUCGGAAUGGAAACCAGAGAUCAGACUUCCAUCUGGCAGUGACCACGUCAUGCUCAAGUCCCUGGACUGGAAUGCGGAGUAUGAGGUUUAUGUGAUAGCUGAAAAUCAGCAAGGGAAGUCCAAACCAGCUCACUAUGCUUUCCGAACUUCUGCUCAGCCUACUGUCAUCCCAGCCAGCACUAGCCCUACAUCAGGCCUUGGGACUGCUGCCAUCGUAGGCAUUCUCAUUGUUAUCUUUGUGCUGCUCCUGGUGGCUGUGGAUGUCACCUGCUACUUCCUGAACAAGUGUGGCCUGCUGAUGUGCAUUGCUGUCAACUUAUGUGGCAAAUCCGGCCCAGGAGCCAAGGGCAAAGACAUGGAGGAGGGCAAAGCCGCCUUCUCGAAAGAUGAGUCCAAGGAGCCUAUUGUGGAGGUGCGGACUGAGGAGGAGCGGACCCCCAACCACGAUGGGGGAAAACACACAGAGCCCAAUGAGACCACCCCGCUGACGGAGCCAGAGAAAAUCCCAGUAGAAGACAAAUCUGAAGCGCAAGCAACGGAAACUAAGACACCUCCAGCAGAAGUCAAGACGGUCCCCAAUGAAGCCACACAAACAAAUGAAAAUGAGAGCAAAGCAUGAUCAGCAACAGAUGAAAGCAAAUGACAGAACAACUUCACCCACGCAUUUAAAACACAAAACACAACAUACAUCUCAUUCCUCUAAUGUCUUUUGCCUUUUUUUAAAAAAACAAACAAAACAGAAAAUGCAUAAAUGGGGGGAGGGGGGGAAUCUCUCUUUUUCUUUUCUUCUUUUUUUUUUUUUUUUUUGGUUAAGAUUUCUAGAAAGGUUCAAUUUGUUGCGCACUUGCUUUUAAAAAGUUAUACAUUUUGAAAACAGGGUUAAACCCAUAACCAAAUCAGGGCUUAGCUGACCCUGUGUAUAUUCAGAUAAGCAAAGUUGCAAAUACCAUUUGCAGUGUGGUUGGGAAGCUCAAAAUGAACUAGUCCUAGACAAAAAAAAAAAAAAAAAAAAAAAAAAAAAAAGACCCUGUUCUGUCCUUCAUUAGUAUAGCAGAUAUAACCACUGUACUGCUCGGUACAGCUGGUACUUAAUGAACAAAGUCCACAAUUUAUUUUUAUACUUUUCAGUCGAGUUUGAAAUAUGUAAAUCCUCAUAAAUAAGUUAUAAUUUCUGUUCACCUUGUAUUUGUUCAGUAUGCAAAGUGUCUUGAGCUCUUUGUGACUGAAUUCUGUUCUCCACAUUAGACACGUAUUUGGGUUUUACUAUUAUCUUUUUUUAGGAAGAAUGCCAAAAUUGCAGCUUCGGGGAUAUAUUUCAAUUUGCAGUAUUCAGACUCUCCGUUUCUUUAAAUUUUACGUUAAUUUUUGCCAAGUUUUGUUCUUUCCAGUGUUUACAAUUGACAAAUAUUUUUUUUAACUUUUGUUGUGUUUAAAUGUAUGUGUAAAAUAGCUGCCUUUUUUUUUUUUUUGUAAGUAAAUACAGUCUAUAGAUACUAGGUUAGCAGCAUGCUUGCUUUGCAAAGGGAGACAUUUUAAAACAUGGAUGUUUACAGUAGUUGUUUCCCCUUUAUCUUUUCUUAAUUAUUGUUGUUAUUGUUAUUAUUAUUAUUAUUAUUAUUAUUAUUAUUAUUUCUUACUGGAGUAAGAAGAAAAGUAAUGCUGGGGUUUGGUUUGGGUUUUUUUGGGGUGGGUGGGGGGCAUUGCAACCACUUGUCACCAAUCAGGGUCUUUAUCCAGCAAUCCACAUAAACACACGCUUAACUUGGAAUGAGAGAGUUGCUGGUGAGAGUCCUUCUACACUUAAAUUUACUGAAGAGUUUAAGUCCCUCGCUGGACCUGGGCCUGACUGCAUAAGAGAAAUAUCACCUCUGCUUUUUUAGGACAUUCUCCCCUUUCCUUCAUGGAACCCUCCCGGAGCUUUGAGAAGCAGAAGGGAGAUUGUACAGUUAGGGCUGGUCUGGUCUCAUCUCAGAUGUUUGAUUAUAUCAAUUCCUCCUUAAUAUGUCAGUAAACACCAUUUCCUUUGACCCUAGAAAGCAGAUUUAAAAGCAAAGACUUUCUGCACAGGGGUGCUUGGCACCAUGCAAGACCCCUCCUGCAAAGCCAGCUCCAUCAGCAGUUGGACUAGAUGAUUGUUGUAGGUCCCCUCCAACUGAACUAUUCUGUCCUAUCACAUGUGUAUUGAGUCAUUCAUCUAUGCUCUGCAGAAUCAAAACCAUGAAAUCAAGAGCAAGCGCUUGGAAAUCAGUGCCAAGAGUCCCAGUGAUUUCACUUGUCUUGGCAUCAUGUCUAACAGUUGGAAAAGGGGGCUGAUGUAGUACAUGUAUUAUCACGGAGGGGGGAGCUUAUCAGUGGGAUAAUUCAUCAUUGGGAGUCAUGCAGUAACUGAGAUUUUGGGGUGAAAAGAAAGGAGGCUUGAGCAGAAGGAAGGCAGAGGUUUAUGGGGGAAGACCAGCCCAUUGUAUAGACAUGUUCCUUCUGUUGGGGUUUUGUUUUUUUCUCUUUUUUUUCUUUUGUUUUCUUUUUUAUUCUACUUUAGAUCUGCAAGCUUGUGCACUGUGGGUGCGUGACUAUUUCAGUGUGAAACGUGUUUUUGUCAUAGUAUUGAAAUAAUAAAAGCUUCAACAUAGUUUGGA